AUGACGGGUUUGCACCGUAAUGUGCGGUGGAUCAUCAAAGACCACUUUAGAUGCCACACCCCCGUGUACAACACAGACGUGCAGGGCUUCAAGUGGGGCGACCGUGGGCUGUAUGUUCACGAGUCAGGAUUUGAGGCGUUCCAGGGGACGGCCGAGCCUGAUGAGGAGAGGAAGGACCUGAAGGAGGAAGAGCAGGAGGUGUAUGACAGGGAGGACAUGGAGACGGAUGACGAGGAGGAGGAGGAGGAGGAGGAGGAGGAGGAGGAGGAGGAGGAGGAGGAGGAGGAGGAGGAGGAGGAGAAACAGUGGGGGCAGGAGCGGAGGCAGAGCAAAAGGCACAAGAGAUGCAAAAUCAGGGGAGGCAAGAGGGAUGAGGAAGAGGAGGAGGAGGAAGAGGAGGAGGAGGAAGAGGAGGAGGAGGAGGAUGAGAAACGGGGGGGGCAAGGGCUUAGGAAGGGCAGAAGGCAGAAGAGAGGGAAAAUCAAGGGAGGCAGGAGGGAAGAGAAAGAGGAAGAGGAGGAGGAAGAGGAGGGGCAGGAUGAUGAGAAACAGAGGGGGCGUGAGCGGAGGAAGGGCAGAACGCACAAGAGAGGCAGAGGCAAGGGAGGCAGGAGGGAAGAGGAAGAGGAGGAAGAGGAGGAAGAGGAGGAAGAGGAGGAAGAGGAGGAAGAUGAUGAGGAUGAGGAUGAGAAGCAGGGGGGCCAGGGGCGGAGGAAGGGCAAAAGACACAAGAGUGGCAAAAGAUGGGGAGGCAAGAGGGCCAAGAGCUUGGGGGGCAGCAAGAGAGGCAAAAGAGUGGAGUCAGCAUGGGGGGCAGCAGGAGAGGCAAAAGAGUGGAGUCAGCAUGGGAGGCAGCCCCACGGCAAAAGAGUGGAGUCAGCAUGGGGGGCAGGAGGAGCAAAAGAGUGGAGUCAGCAUGGGGGGCAGCAGGAGAGGCAAAAGAGUGGAGUCAGCAUGGGGGGCAGCAGGAGAUGCAAUGUGAGGAGUGUGCAAGGGGGGGCAAAACACGAGGCAACUGGAGGAGAAAGCAAGGGGGUGCAGCAGAACAGGCAUGAGUGGAGAGAGCUAAGGGGGACAGCAGAAAAGGCACGAGCGGAUAGAGAAAGGGGGGCAGCAUUAAAGACGGUAGUGGCGCAAGGGGGCAAGCAGGUUAGGCAUGGAUGGAGAGGACAAAGCAAGGAGCAGUGA